CUGCCCCCGCCUGCCCCCGCCUGCCCCCGCCUGCCCCCGCCUGCCCCCUUCUCGGGGAAAGCGGCGCUGCGUCACUCAAGCCAUGGAGAAGCGCCCCAAGGUGCCGAAGGCCUCCGCCCAGGAGACGAAAGGAAAAAAGGCACAGUCAAAUUCUGAAGCUUUAGGUACAGCUCCAGUGGAAGAAGAGCGUUCUAGUGAUACAACAAAAGCUAAGCCGUUGGCCCAGGAAGCUAAUCGGGCAAAGAUAAAAUGUGUUAAUACAUACAGACUGGAGGCACGGAAUAAAUUUCAGGAUUACUUAGUAAGACAAAAAGCUCAAGCAAUACUAACGAAUAAACUUCAAGAAGCCCAAUACAGUGGAGUUUCUAGUCCUUCCUUGUGUGCUUCAAUCUCAGAAGAAAUAUUAAAGGCUGUGAAGGAACUGGACUUUGAUCGUUACAAAUAUGUGGUAUCAGUACUAAUUGUCGAAAAAGCAGGUCAAGCAAUGAAUGUUGCCAGCAGAUGGGUCUGGGAUGCUCAAAGAGACUCUUGGGUUUCAGCUAAAUGUGAAACUGAAACAUUUAUUGCACUGGCUCUGGUAAUGGCUUGUUACUAUGAGUAAUACUCGAAAAGCCACACCUGAUUUUGUGCGUUUCAAUACCUGGUAUAUUUGAAAGGUGUCAGAAUGUCAUCAUUUUAGUACUAAUUUUUGUCCUAGUGCUGUGGGCACAUUGAAAUUGACAUGUAUUUGAGAUAAUCUUGCUAUUUUUUUCUCAUUACAAAACUCCCAAACCUAAAAAAAAAACAUUUUGAAAUGCAUAUGGUUGAGUACAUACGGGAUUCAUCUGUCAUAAAGCUCUGCUGUGGAAGUUGAAGCAGCUGGUGUGAGGCCAAACUUUGCAGAGUUUUGAACGUUGUUUGUGCGUUGCAUGCCUCGAGUUGUUAGUGAAUGUUUACAGUAAACUGCAGGUAUUGGUAUUUUUAAGUGUGCUCUUUGUAAGAAAAAGUAAGUGUUCCCUGUUGUUUUGUUUUUUUUUUUAGUUACCAUAAAAUGCUGCUUUGUGUAGAAACAUCAUCGAAGUGCAAACUUCCAAGCAUUUGCCUUGGAUGAAGUGUGAGUUAAGUCAUUAGCUUCUCUGGGCCUUAAACUCACAUUAAAUGUGAAGUGUGUUCAGGCUGGUGGCUGAGAACUGAAUUGGGUGAGUGUCAUAGCUUCAUUUGCGUGACUUCUGAGGGCAAAGGCAGGAGGACAAAAGGGUUGGUAACGAGACUAUUGGGAGCAGUCUGUAAUUGGCAAAGACAGCAAUAUUUCGAAAAAUGAGACUGGUAGUUGUGUGAAGUGUGUAGGCCAUCUGCUUAUGGAACUGCCGUGUGUGGAAAUCGUGCGCGGAUGCCUUUUCCUUUUGUAUUGUUAAGAGCUGAAAAUAAACGCCUGCGAGCACAGA